UUGCCAAAGCGAGCAUAACAGUUUCAAAGAAAAUGCGGCCGAGAUCUGUGUUACAAAAAUAUUUUAGACCAUCUUUUGGAAGAUCGUUUAUUCCAUCUAACAGCAAACUUCCCUUGAACUCCAACAGGGAAGAUUUUCUAACAGGUUACACAACAUUUUUACUACCUCUUGUCAGACAAGAAGGAGAUCCGUUACCGUGCAAGCAAGCUACGAACUCCAAGCGUCCUGCAUGGUGGAUGCCAAGCUGACAAAAGGAAGACUGAAAGAGCAUUGCUAAAAGAAGUGGAACAAAGAACGAUAUAUGUUACUGCUUCGACCGUACAUCCUCCUAAUUCGCUUGGAUUCAUAUAGCUGAUGCAUAUUUAAAUUUUAAUAACGCCAUCCUUCCCGCCAGUGUAUUCCCAGCCUUAGUCAUUUGUAAAUUUUAUUUCGUGUUUCCUCGUGGAUGAGUACUGUGUUGCCAUGGACGUGGCAUCACAUCCAGGCAAAACGCAAGCGAGCAAGAAGGCGCUGGGUCGCCAUCGAUCGAUCAGCUCAUCUGGUCCAGCGCAUACUGGUUCCCGAUCUCAUCCAUCAUCACCUGUGAAUUUCAUGCCUCCUGGAUCUCACCAGGUCCCCAUAGCAUCAUUGUAUCAGAAUGUAACUGUCCCGUCGUCAUCGUGCCCCUUCAGCUAUCCGAGUUCUCCUGUCAUGGUUUCUCAUGCUGCUCUGCUGCAUAAUAGCGGAAUUCCAGCAUCCAAUCCAGUAUUGCAUGUAAACGCACAACUUCGACAAUCUGCUAUGCAUCGCAACAUUGGCGAAACGAAGCCCAUCCGUGAAGCUGUAUUGCACUCGAAAACUGUGUCCGUGGCGAAGUCGAGUGGAAUGGACAAACACCCAAAGAAAGAAUCUGCACCACGAAAACCAAAGAUGCAUUUGUACGCCAGUCGUAAGUCUGCUAAAAAUGAACCUAAGGAGGAAGAUUUUCCUGUACCUCCGGAUAAUUGGCUGCUAGGGUCGAAUUCCACUGGCGAGACGUCUUCCUCAUCGAGUGAAACGCAGUCUGGAAAUGUGAGCGAAGAUGACUAUGACGAGGAUGGUGUUGUGAAUACGUUGAGUAAUUUUGAGACUCUGACGUCCGUCAUGGCUGCACGCAGUAUGGAUACUGCUGCAACUUGCCAGAUGCUUUCAAUGGGCCUCAAAGCCUUGCUCAAAGUUAGCGCCUAAUGUUUUGUGAAUACAUAGUUUUUUGAGUUUUGCAGACCCGUUACAAGAGUUACUUAAGUUUUUGAAAAGUUUUUCUUCAAAACGAUGUAUUGGUGCUUUAAUUCUCGUUGGUUGCGGUAUUUCUCGGCUGUCGAUAGGUUUAUUUUAACUUUGUGAUUAUCUUUGAUGCGUUGAACACUUUUCCUCCUUUUUCAUUUUGUUAUGUGUUCCAUUGUAGGUCUCCGGUAGAUUUUGUAGAAAAUGGAUGUUGUUGCAGUAGAUUUUAGAUUGUUUUGAGAAGGACUUCGGUUCAAACACAAAAGCAAUAAAAAAAUUUGCGACUGCUCAAAUGAGCAGUCGAGGGCCUAACCGGUCCGAAA